GUAAAAGAUUCACAAUUAAUGAGCCUGUUCCCUUUCAGCUUCAAUGGCGACUCCUCCAUCAUAUGUAGACCUUGGCAAAUCUGCCAGAGAUAUCUUCAAUAAAGGAUAUGGUUUUGGGUUGGUGAAACUGGAUGUGAAAACAAAAUCUGCAAGCGGAGUGGAAUUCACAACAUCUGGUUCAUCGAACACAGACACCGGAAAAGUGAAUGGGAGCUUGGAGACCAAAUACAAGUGGGCUGAAUAUGGGCUGACUUUCACAGAAAAAUGGAACACAGAUAACACUCUGGGAACAGAAAUUGCAAUUGAAGAUCAGAUUGCCAAAGGCUUGAAGUUGACAUUUGACACAACUUUCUCACCAAAUACAGGAAAGAAAAGUGGUAAAAUUAAGUCAACUUAUAAACGUGAAUACCUAAACCUAGGUUGUGAUGUUGACUUUGACUUUGCUGGACCUGCAAUCCAUGGUUCAGCUGUCUUUGGUCUGGAAGGAUGGCUUGCUGGUUAUCAGAUGACUUUUGAUAGUGCCAAAUCAAAAUUGACAAGAAAUAACUUCUCUGUGGGUUACAAGACUGGAGACUUCCAACUGCACACUAAUGUCAAUGAUGGUUCAGAAUUUGGUGGAUCAAUUUACCAGAAAGUGAGCGACAAUCUUGAAACUGCUGUAAACCUGGCUUGGACAGCAGGUAGCAACAGCACCCGCUUUGGCAUUGCGGCUAAAUACAAGUUGGAUUCCACUGCUUCUGUCUCUGCAAAAGUGAACAAUUCUAGUCUAAUUGGAGUGGGUUACACUCAGACCCUGAGGCCAGGUGUGAAGCUUACACUGUCUGCCCUGAUAGAUGGAAAAAGCAUCAAUGCUGGUGGCCAUAAACUUGGUCUUGGCCUGGAAUUGGAGGCUUAAAGGCAAAGAAACUGCUGCAGAGAAGGGAUAUCAGAAGAAUUUGGCCUUAAAAUGUAUUUCCAAUGUGACCAGCAGGCUUUUUUUCCCCAGGAAGGAUGACCUAGAACAAGAGCUGUAUUUGAAGUAUUUAGACAGUUACUUGUUAGCUGGUUUCUAGUUAAAUUGGUUACCCAUCUAGUUAAAAUUCUGCAUUAGUGCAGUCACUUAAACAUUAUUUAAAUGUAUUUAACUGUUCAAUGCGCUACCCACAAAUAAUGAAAUAGACAUUUAUGAAAACUGUACAAUUGUGUGCAUGUUUGUUUUUAUGUUCCUUUUAACAUUCGAUAUUGCCAUUGAAUGAAAAAUGGAUCAGUAGAUGUUCUGAAAUUAGGUCAACGGUUUUGUUAAAUCACUUGAAGCAGAAAUACAUUUGGUAUCCCAAGACAAAUUAUGAAUAAAACAAGUACACACACAUA